AUGGCUAUGUUUUUGCGAUAUGUUAAUAGCCUUAGAUUAGUGAAAGAAAGAUUUGUUGGAAUUGUUCACGUGAAGGAUACAACUUCUUUAACUCUAAAAGAAGUCAUUGAUUCAAUAUUUACCAACAAUAACUUGAGUAUAUCUCAGGUAAGAAGGCAAGGAUGCGAUGGAGCAAGUAAUAUGCGGGGUGCAUUUAAUGGUUUGAAAGCAUUGAUAUUGAAAGAUAAUAUUUCGGCAUAUUAUAUACACUGUUUUGCACACCAACUUUUAUUUGUGGUUGUGGAUGUAGCAAAAAGUCACGAUGGUGUUGAUGAUUUCUUUAAGCAGUUAGCUUUAGUAGUUAACGUGGUGUGUGCUUCUUGUAAAAGAAAAGAUAUCAUACGAGAUAGUUACAAGGAAAGGGUUCAAAAAGAAAUUGGUAUCGGUGAAAUUGAGACCCGAAGAGGGUUAAAUCAGGAGACUUCACUUGUUCGAGUCGGGGAUACAAAAUUGGGCUCACAUUAUAAAACAAUAAAUAAGUUUGAAGAAUUUGUUUCCGGAGGUUAUCAAGGUUCUUAA